AUGGGCUCGAGCAACACAAUCGACUGGACCCAGGUCCGUUCUGAGGACAGAUGGAAGAUUCUCAAGUUCCAGAAAAGGUUCUUCCUAUGGGCUCUUUACACUUCCAUCGGCUCAAUGAUGUUAGGCUUUGACUUCGGUAUUGCGGGAACAGCCACGGCCUUCCCUGCCUUCCAGCAGAAGAUGGGUAUCCCUUGGCCUUCUCAGCCCUCCGGUUACCUGAUUCCCGCCAAUGUCCAAGCUGCAUGGUCCGGUGUCGUCACUGCGGGCGAUGCCGUUGGAAUUCUUGUGGCUGGUCAACUCAUGGAUGGAAUCGGCCGCAAGUGGGUCAUCUUGAUUGGUUCCAUCUUGACAGCCGCGGGUAUUGGAGUGCAAGUCGGAAGCAACAACUGGAAGGAGUUCCUCGCCGGCCGUCUGGUUAACUCUCUUGGAUUUGGUAUGGUGUUCAUCAUUUCCCCUGUCUGGAUCGGUGAAAACGCCCGUCCUGAGCUCCGUGGCUUCUUCCUCUGCCUUAUGAACGGCUCCAUCGUCCUCGGUCAAUUUGUUCUCGCCCUUGUCGCCUACGGAACCGAUAACAUCGGCGGCAAGUGGUCCUACCAGACCCUCAUUGUCCUCCAGUUCACCUUUGUCGCCGCCAUCCUCCUCGGGUAUCCUUUCUUCCCCGAGUCUCCGUACUGGCAUCUCCAGCACAACCGUGAGGAGCAGGCACGGAAGAGCUUAGGACGUAUCCACGGAAAGAAGGAAAAGGCUCUCAUCGACGCCGAGAUCGUGCGUAUCCGCGACGUCAUCACCGUGAGCGAGGAGAUGGCGAGGCUGGCCUCUGUCGAUGGCCCUCCGGUUAUCCAAAUGUUCAAAGGAACAAACUUGAAACGUACCAUUAUCGCCAUUCUGCCCGCUGCCGCCCAGCAGCUAAUCGGUGCCGCUUUCGUGCUCGGAUACAUCACCUAUUUCCUGUCCCUGCUCGGGAUUGAGGAAUACUUCAAGGUCUCCGUCGCUCUUUACUGCUGCAUGCUUGCUAGUAACGUCUCGGCUUUCCCACUCAUCGAGACUGCCGGUCGCCGACCCCUACUACUCAUGGGUAUCGUUUCCCUGACCGUUAUCGAACUGAUCAUGGGCAUCAUGGGUGUCAUCAACAACGCCGCCUCACUCUGGGUCACCCUCGUCUGUAUCUUCCUCUGGGCCAUCUUUUACCAAGUCUCCAUUGGGGCCGUCGGUUUCGCCAUUGGCUCCGAGGUCGCCUCUCCACCUCUGCGCCCCACCACUAUCUCCGCACUCGGUCUUACGCAGGCUGCAGUCGGCUGGCUCAUCGGCUUCGUCUCCCCUUAUAUGAUCAACCCGGAUGCUGGAAACCUCGGCGCCAAAGUCGGCUUUGUGUUCUUCGGACUGGGCGUCCCAUUGUGCAUCGCCUUCUGGUUCCUCAUUCCCGAGACCAUGGGUCUUACCUACGAAGAUAUGGACCACCUCUUCGGUGAAAAGGUCCCUCCCCGUCACUUCAAGCGUGAGGCUCUCCGGCGCCGCCAGGAAGCCGGAGAGGUCGCUAGCAGUGAGAACGAGAAGCGCGAUGGCUCCAUCCAGGCUGUCGAGACGGCUGCUUAG